GACGGAGCUGCUUCCGGUUGUCGCUGGAGCUCCGCGGGAAAGAGUCUUCAACUGCAUCCUCGGAGCAGUUUACAGUGAAAUGAAUGAACAAGCUAUUAUUUACCGUGUCAUAUUAACCCGUGGGUUCUGUCCCGGGUGGACUGUGUGGUGCUGAAGGCCUCAGACUUGCUCCCAGAUGACAGGGUGAUAAUGGUGGUCACUUAGAGACACAAGCAAGCGAGACGAAAACAAUAUUAGCGUCCGGUUUACGUAGCGAUGGCACCGAGCAAACGCACACAGAAGAAACCCCUGAAGGUGGCGUGUGAGUGGGCUUCGUGUGGAGAAUCGUUCAACCAGAUGGAAAACUUCUGCAAGCACGCUGAAGCUCAUCUCACUGAGGAAGAGGAGGAGACGGAAGGGGAGAGAAACUGUCUCUGGAGAGACUGUGGCUUCUGCUCGGUGGAGGGCCCCGAGGAGCUGCGGCGCCACCUCCUGUUCCACUGCUACCACACGAAGCUGAAGCAGCUGGGCCAGCAGGUUCUGGACGCACAACCAGAACUGGGCAGCUGCUCCAUCGCCUACCAUAACCGCAACAUCAUCCCAGACAUCCCGGACAAUUUCGUCUGUCUUUGGGAAGAGUGUGAGCAAGCGCCGUAUGAAAACCCGGAGUGGUUCUACCGUCACGUCGAAAUGCAUACCCUGUCCAUAGAAAUACCGACAGGUGAAUGGGAGUUCCCCCUACGCUGUGGAUGGAAAGACUGCGAAGCUACCGCUAAGGGGCGCCCCAAGCUGCGGGAGCACCUGCGCAGCCACACACAGGAGAAGGUGGUGGCGUGUCCAGUCUGCGGCGGGAUGUAUGCAAACAACACCAAGUUCUUCGACCACAUCAUUCGACAGAACGCCAUGGAAGGUCAGAGGUUCCAGUGUUCUCACUGCUCCAAAUGUUUUGCAACAGAGCGACUCCUCAGAGACCACAUGAGAACUCACGUGAGCCACUACAAAUGCCCUCUGUGCGACAUGACGUGCCCGUCACCCUCGUCGCUGCGCAGCCACAUCAAGUUCCGCCACAGCAACGAGAAGCCAUACAGCUGCGAGUAUUGUGAAUACAGCUGUAAGAAUCUGAUCGACUUGCGUAAACACCUGGACACCCACAGCAUCGAUCCGGCGUUCCGCUGCGAUGUUCCCGGGUGCAGCUUCACAUCUCGUACACCCGGCACCAUGAAGAUUCACCACCAGAAGGAGCAUGAGGGGACUUUUACAGCUCGCUACAAAUGUCACGUGUGCGGCCAAUGUUUCACCAGAGGCAACAGCCUGACAGUCCACCUCCACAAAAAGCAUCAGUUCAAAUGGCCGUCAGGACACCCCAGGUUCAGGUACAAAGAGCAUGAGGACGGCUUCAUGCGGCUGCAGCUGAUUCGCUACGAGAGCGUGGAGCUGACGGAGCAGCUGAUGAGGGAAAAGCAGAAGAGGUCGGCGGAGGAUGAUGACGACGACGAUGGCGGUGGCGGCCCCGAUGACGGUCAGGAGCUGGAGGACGCCCCUGCAGCACAGGCAGCUGCUGCUGCUCCACAGGUGCAGGUGCAGCUCAGAGGGGUUCUGCUGGAGGAGCAGAGGACCGAGGAAACCCCGACGAGAACUGAAGAAGCUGGUCAGGUGGAGGAUAUGCUGUACGUCCUAACAGGAGACGAGGACUCUGUCAUACUGCAGCUCCAGGAUGCUGCCCCGCAGCCAGGCAUGCAGGUGGAUUGACUUGAUGUGGAUAAUCAGCAGCACUGUUGCUCAGUCACUUUGGAGCCGUGUGAACGGGCCGCUGAAGUCUUAGUGACAUCGAAUGUUAAGAGCUAAUACUGGUUCUAAAACUGGAUAACUGAAAACCUAUUUGACGCAACUCAAACUGUAUUAUGUGACGCAUUCAUUAUCGAAGAUCAUUUUUACUGGUAUUUAAAGAUACUUUUAUUUAUUCAGUAAUAUAUCAAGACUUUGCUCUAACAUAUAAACCACAGCCUUUAAAGCUAGAUCACUGAAGUCAUUUGUUUUUAACUCAAAUACUUUGAGUUAUGAGAAAAUACUUGAUGUUUGGCUUGUUCAUCAGUUUGAAUAAAGACUUUUUUAUUGUG